AGCCACUGCACCGAGUCACUGCGCUGUGAAUAUCGUACAAUAAGAACAAGCAUGAAACAGCUGAUUUCUAAACAUGAACAAAACAUCAAAAUUAUUUUGGCCUUUGAUAAUAACACCAAAAAAUGCAGUUAUUAAACAUGUGCAAGGAAUUUCUCGCAGUCAAAAGUUGAUGACAGAUUUGGGCUUAAUAAGACCGGCAAACAAUGGCACAUUUCACAUAAUGCCGCUGGCACAACGUUCGCUGGACAAAUGCAUCGCUUUAGUUCACAAACAAAUGAGGGAAAUUGAUGGACAGCACAUCACGUUACCUGUGUUGACAGCAGCUAAACUAUGGCAGAAAACCGGACGCUUGGACAAUGAUAUUGAUGAAUUUUACAUGUUACGUGAUCGUCACGGUAAGCAGUUUUUAUUGAGUCCAACACAUGAAGAAGCCAUAACAGCUAUGUUAGCGACAACAGCGCCUAUAUCAUACCGUCAACUACCACUACGUUUAUAUCAAAUUGGACCAAAGUUUCGAGAUGAACUAAAAGCACGCUUCGGACUUAUGCGUGCAAAAGAGUUCCUUAUGAAGGAUAUGUACACCUUUGAUAGCACACAAGAAGAAGCACGAGAUACUUAUGAACAAGUAAUUGGAGCUUAUAGUGCUCUGUUUAAACGCUUGCAGGUUCCAUUCGAAAAAGUUGAAGCUGCUACUGGUAUGAUGGGAGGCAAACUCUCGCAUGAAUUCCAUUAUAUAUCCGAUACGGGAGAAGAUAUUAUUAAUCGCUGUAAUAGCUGUGGACAUGCCACUAAUGCUGAAGUUGAAAACACAGAGAAGACCUGCAAACAAUGUUCAAGCUCAGAUUUAAAAGAAAUGCGUGGCAUCGAAGUUGGUCAUGCGUUCCUGUUAGGCGAUAAGUAUUCUCAACCGUUAGGUGCCACAUUUUUACCAAACAAAGGCAAAUCUACGCCGUUAGUUAUGGGUUGUUACGGUAUUGGCAUUACGCGCUUAGUUGCUGCAUCGCUCGAAGUGCUUUCAACGGAAACUGAAUUGCGUUGGCCAAGUCUGCUAGCACCAUUUGAUGUUUGUAUUAUCAGUCCAAAGCAAGGUAGCAAAGAGCAACAAGCGGGUGAGGCAAUUGAAGCGGAAUUGAGUAAGUCGUUGCAGGACAUAUGUAGUGAAGAUGUGCUUUAUGAAGAUCGUAAGAACAUGACCAUUGGCAAGCGACUUAUGGACUCUAAAAAAAUGGGUUAUCCAUUAAUUGUGGUCAUUGGCAGUAAAAGCUUAGACGCUCAACCAAAACUAGAAGUUCAUAGAGGUGAUAAAGUUAUGGAAUUGGAACCAAAUGAAGUUUUGAACUAUAUAAAAGACUACAAAAAGGAAAAGUUAAGCAUUUAAACAAAUUAAUUAUCUUUUUAAAUAAAGCAUUUAUUUAAA